AUUAAAUAAUGCAAAACACUGAUAACUCAAUUUAAGGGAAAAUAUUGACAGCCUAAAAGUAUAAAGAAGAAGGAAAUGUACACUUCAAAAACUAGGAUUGGAAAAAAGCUUUGACUUGUUAUCACAAAGUAUUCUUAUACGUCAAUGGAUUGAUAAGCAAAGAUGAUGAAUUGGCAUAAUAUUCUUAGGUAUUGUAAAAUAAUUCGAAUUUAGAAUUAAUUGACAACUUAGGAAGAGACACAUGUAAUCCUACAAUUAAAAUCCCAGACAUAUGGAAAUAUGGCCUAAGUCUAUAUUAAUUAAUAGAAAUUCGAUAAAGGAAGAGAAGCAGCUCUGAAUAGUUUACAGAUUAGCUAGAACAUUAAGGUUCUAUUUCGUUUAGCUAUAUGCAAUAUUGAAUUGAAUAAUCUUGAAGAAGCUAAAUAAUAAUUGUUAGAUGUGCAAAAAUAAGAUCAUAAAAUAGAUAUCAGUUCUUAAUUGAAAUAGAUUCAAAUCAAAGAGAGUAAAUAAGAUAAAGUGAUGGCUUAAGCAAUGAAAAAACUAUUCGUUUGA